GUUCUAUGGGGGUGUGUGAUGAUAAUACGACGCGGGCUUAUAUAACCCGCUUCAUCUCGCAAGCUCUUCGUAGACGGUCCCUAAUGCGUCCUCGGGCCGGUGUCAGGCUUGAGCGGCUAAGAGGAAACCCCAACCCGAGACGCCGAGGCCAGCAGGGAGGGCAGCGGGGGUCAGAGGCCGGGCCUUCCCGCGUCCCCGCGCCCCGGAGGUCGGGGAGAUAAGGGACAAUGACUCUCGCCCCCAGGAGGAGGAAGGAAGUCCCGCUGCCACCUUAUCUCUGCUCCUCGGCACGCUCCCAGUUCCCAGGGCUUGUUCUCUAGAGAAGAUUUUGAAGGCGGCUUUUGACCCCAUCUGCAGAUGUCCUGAAUACCUCUGAGUACAGAAAUCGAUCAUUCAACCAGGAUACCUAAUUCAAGACCUGCAGGAACCAGGAGAGACAGACAUUUUGAUAGUUUUGUGAAGUUGGACCGAACAGAAUGAAGUACUCUUGCUGUGCCCUGGUCUUGGCCGUCCUGGGCACAGAACUGCUGGGAAGCUUCUGUUCUUCGACCGUCAGAUCUCCGAGGUUCCGAGGACGGAUGCAGCAGGAACGGAAGAACAUCCGGCCCAACAUCAUUCUUGUGCUGACCGAUGAUCAGGAUGUAGAGCUGGGGUCCCUGCAAGUCAUGAACAAAACCCGAAAGAUUAUGGAGCUCGGGGGAGCCACUUUCACCAACGCCUUCGUGACGACGCCCAUGUGCUGCCCCUCACGCUCCUCCAUGCUUACGGGCAAGUACGUGCACAACCACAAUGUCUACACCAACAAUGAGAACUGCUCUUCCCCCUCCUGGCAGGCGGUACACGAGCCACGGACGUUUGCCGUCUAUCUGAACAGCACUGGCUACAGAACAGCCUUUUUUGGAAAAUACCUCAAUGAGUAUAAUGGCAGCUACGUCCCUCCUGGGUGGCGAGAAUGGCUUGGAUUAAUCAAGAAUUCUCGUUUCUAUAAUUACACUGUUUGUCGCAAUGGCAUCAAAGAAAAGCAUGGAUUUGAUUAUGCAAAGGACUACUUCACAGACUUAAUCACUAACGAGAGCAUUAAUUACUUCAAAAUGUCUAAGAGAAUGUAUCCCCAUAGGCCCAUUAUGAUGGUGAUCAGCCACGCGGCGCCCCACGGCCCCGAGGACUCGGCCCCACAGUUUUCAAAACUGUACCCCAAUGCCUCCCAACACAUAACUCCUAGUUAUAACUAUGCACCAAAUAUGGAUAAACACUGGAUUAUGCAGUACACAGGACCCAUGCUGCCCAUCCACAUGGAAUUUACAAACGUCCUGCAUCGCAAACGGCUUCAGACUUUGAUGUCAGUGGAUGAUUCUGUGGAAAGGCUGUAUAACAUGCUGGUGGAGACGGGUGAGCUGGAAAACACUUACAUCAUCUACACCGCCGACCACGGUUACCACAUCGGCCAGUUUGGGCUGGUCAAGGGGAAAUCCAUGCCAUAUGACUUUGAUAUCCGCGUGCCUUUCUUUAUUCGUGGUCCAAGUGUAGAACCAGGAUCCAUAGUCCCACAGAUCGUUCUAAACAUUGACCUGGCCCCAACCAUCCUGGACAUUGCUGGGCUCGACACGCCUCCCGACGUGGAUGGCAAGUCUGUCCUCAAGCUUCUGGACCUGGAGAAACCAGGUAACAGGUUUCGAACAAACAAGAAGGCCAAAAUUUGGCGUGAUACAUUCCUCGUGGAAAGAGGGAAAUUUCUGCGUAAGAAGGAAGACUCCAACAAGAACAUCCAACAGUCAAAUCACCUGCCCAAAUAUGAGAGAGUUAAAGAACUGUGCCAGCAGGCCAGGUACCAGACCGCCUGUGAACAACCUGGGCAGAAGUGGCAGUGCGUCGAGGACACGUCUGGCAAGCUUCGAAUUCACAAGUGCAAAGGGUCCAGUGACCUGCUGGCCGUGCGGCAGAGCGCGAGGCAGCUCUUUUCUCGUGGCUUCCACGACAAGGACAAAGAGUGCAGCUGUGGAGACAACGGUUAUCGGGCCAGCAGAAGCCAGAGGAAGAGUCAGAGGCAGUUCCUGAGGAACCAGGGGACCCCGAAGUACAAGCCCAGAUUUGUCCAUACCCGGCAGACACGUUCCUUGUCCGUCGAAUUUGAAGGCGAGAUCUAUGACAUAAACCUGGAAGAAGAAGAACUUCAGGUGUUGCAACCAAGAAGCAUCACCAAGCGUCACAGUGAAGGCCGCCAGGGGCCGGGAGGGCACCAGGCUGCCAGCGGUGGCGACGGGGACACCAUGCUGGCUGACAGUGGCAAUGCCGUGGGCCUACCCACCACCGUCCGGGUGACGCACAAGUGCUUUAUUCUUCCAAAUGAUACAAUCCAUUGUGAGAGAGAGCUUUAUCAAUCAGCCAGAGCCUGGAAGGACCACAAGGCAUACAUUGAUAAGGAGAUUGAAGCUUUGCAAGAUAAAAUUAAAAAUUUAAGAGAGGUGAGAGGACAUCUAAAGAGAAGGAAACCUGAGGAGUGUGGCUGCAGUAAACAGAGCUAUUACAACAAAGAGAAAGGUGUAAAAAAGCAAGAGAAAUUAAAGAGCCAUCUUCACCCAUUCAAAGAAGCUGCUCAGGAAGUAGACAGCAAACUGCAGCUUUUCAAGGAGACCCGCAGGAGGAAGAAAGAGAGGAAGGAGAAGAAACGGCAGCGGAAGGGGGAGGAGUGCAGCCUGCCCGGCCUCACCUGCUUCACCCACGACAACAACCACUGGCAGACGGCGCCGUUCUGGAACCUGGGCUCUUUCUGUGCGUGCACCAGUUCUAACAAUAACACCUACUGGUGUCUGCGGACAGUUAAUGAGACGCAUAAUUUUCUUUUCUGCGAGUUUGCCACUGGCUUUCUGGAGUAUUUUGAUAUGAAUACAGAUCCUUAUCAGCUCACCAACACUGUGCACACGGUAGAAAGGGGCGUUUUGAAUCAGCUACACGUGCAACUGAUGGAGCUCAGGAGCUGUCAAGGGUAUAAGCAAUGCAACCCCAGACCUAAGGGCCUUGAACUUGGAAGUAAAGAUGGAGGAAGCUAUGACCUACACAGCCCACGUAAGACAAAGCAGAAGAGCCCCUUCUUAAGCUGGUCUCACCCAGGAUAUGGGCUGACAAGAGGACAGUUAUGGGAUGGAUGGGAAGGUUAACCUGGCCCCUCUCACUGCAGACGUCAACUG